CACAAAUGCAGUGAACACCGCCCCGAGAGGAAGCAUCGAAUGCACUACAUCCCCAAGAUCAGAGGAUCCCAGAGGAUCCCAUCGUAAACCGUUAACCAUUAACCGAUAACCCCGUAGGAGUAUAUCUAUCUAUCGUCCAGGAAAACGUGAUCGCGCAGUGAUCGUGAAGUGAGGAACGGCGCCCCCCACUUGUUUAUAUAAUAAUCAGCGGCUGCCAAGAGCCAAAAGUCAAAUACCGAAAAAGUAUAUUCAAUUCUGGCCGACCCGAUUCUUUUCAGGCAACGAAAACGAAAAAAACAAAACGAGAAAUAUCUCUUGUUGUUGUGUGUGUAAUUGUUGUACCAGUGAGUGCCAGUGCGUGUCAGUGGAUCGAUCCGGAGAGGAGAACGAACCAAGUGAAAGUGCUCCAAAGAAACCGCAAGAAAAACGAGUCAAAACCCCAGGCUAAGCCAAGAAAAUCCCCACAAAUCCUGUCUAAUCAUGUCGGACAUUGAGGAUGUCUUUGGUGGCUCCGCCGAGGAGGCCAAGCCCGAGCCGGACGCGGAUGUGGAUGCGGCUGCGGAAGCCAACGCCAACGCCGAUACCGAAAGCAAGAGCAGCGUCGUCACCGAACGGACCGAGGAGGUCAUUCCUGGGGAGACCGAGAAAAUGAUCACCGAGACCAUCGACGAGGAUGGAGACGUUGUCGAGGAGACAACUGAAGUCACCCGCAAGACGGUCAAGAGAACCAUGAAAAUCACUGAGACUUCAGCCACCACAAAGACAACCACGCUCACGACGCCCGCCAAGCUGUAUGGCAAGGAUCUGAGCGAGUACGAUGAUGUGGAUGUGGAGAGCCUGCUGGCCCAGCUCUCGCCUGAAGAGAUCACCAUACUGGCCAAAGAAGUGGAUCCUGAUGACAACUUCCUGCCGCCUGACCAGCGCUGCAGCUACGAGUGCAGCAAGGAUGCCACCGGGCCGCUCAAUCGCAAGCAGCUGAUCGAGCACAUCAACAAGCAGGCCAUCGAGACGCCCGACGAGCCCGAGUUCGAGCCGUAUGUCCAGGGCAAGGUGCGCGGCAAGAAGUGGGUGCCCCCGCCGAGGGAUGCCCGCGAGAUCGAGGCCGAGGAACAGAUCGCCAUCGACAUGGGCGACGAGUACGAGCACGCGCUGAACGACGCCACGCAGGAGGAGAUCAUCGAUCUGGCCGCCAUCCUGGGCUUCCACUCGAUGAUGAACCAGGACCAGUACCACGCCUCGCUGCUCAACAAGGGCCAGCCCGUGGGCAUGGGCUGGGACGGCAUCACAAAGUCCACGCAGCAGAAGCUCUUCCCCAUGGACCCGCCCAACGCCACCGAUGUGGAGGAGUCGAUCAAGCGCGUCAAGGACGACGACUCCAAGCUGGUCGACUUGAACUUGAACAACAUAAAGAACAUCUCGGACGAGAAGCUCGAACAACUCUUCGCCGCACUGCCUCAGAACGAACAUCUGGAAGUCCUCUCGCUGACAAACGUCGGCCUGACUGACAAGACAGCUCUCCUGCUCGCGGAGGCGAUCGAGAAGAGCAAAACCCUGAGAGUAUUAAACGUCGAGACCAACUUCAUCAGUCCGCCCGUGAUUGUGAAGCUGGUGCAAGCCCUGCUCAAGUGCCACACCAUCGAGGAGUUUAGGGCCUCCAAUCAGCGAUCUGCGGUGCUGGGCAACAAGAUCGAGAUGGAGAUCACCGAUCUGGUGGAGAAGAACCCCUCGCUGCUGCGACUCGGCUUGCAUCUGGAGUUCAACGAUGCCCGCCACCGCGUGGCCGCUCACCUCCAGCGCAACAUCGACAGAAUCUUCCGCGUCCAGAAGCUCAAGCCGCAGCUGCCGAAGCUGAUAUUGCCCGGCAACAUGGAGAUCGAGCGCGAGAGCCAGUAUCCGGUCUCGGCCACGCCCACGCCGUCGCCCUCGCCAUCGCCGCAACCGCCGCCGGACUACGAUGUGGAGGUCGAUCCCGACAACAUGGUCAUCCGCGGCGGCGGCGGUGGCGAUGCCUUCGAUCCGGAAUUCGACCCGGACAACAUGGUGGUGCCCGGCAGUCGGUCCGUCACGCCAAACUACGACGACGAGGGCGUCUAUCAAGCGCACACUAAGAAAAGAUCUUGAGUUGCGACUGCAGUUCAGAUUUUUCAAUAAUCUGCAUAGAAAAUCGACAAGAAUUCAAUAGGAGAUCAGCAUCAACCAAAGAAAUCAAACUAAAACUAAACCUAAACCAUUUUUAAAGCGUUUUGUAAUCUAAAUAUAACGAAAGAAAGAAAGAAAAUUAAGGACAGGAAAGAAGAGUACAGAAAGGAAGAAGAAACCCCCCAAAAUAACAACGAAAAAACGUGUAUAAAAUAAUAUAAAUAUAAAAGGAAGGAUAAAGUCCAAGUCGAACCAUAUCUGCGUACAUAUAUAUUCUAGAGAGACUCUUACUAAGCAAAAAGAAAACAAAAGCGAAGCGAAGCAAAUAAAACCCAAAGUGAAAGUGAAAUAUCAUUAUACGUACGAGUAUAUACGAGUACCACCUUAAAAAUACAUACUAUGUUUGAAGAUAUGUUCGAGGUCGAGUCGAGUCGAGGCCUCUUCUAAUCCCAGCAGAAAUCGUUUAGGCGAUCCACAUUUGUACGUGUUACGUGUAUAAUUUUCUCUAAUGCUUAACACAGGAAUUAAACUGCGAUGUAUGAUCUAAGUGAAUCCCCCACCAUCACCAGAACCAAAGAGACGAACCCGUUAACAAUUAAAAUACUCAAAUUAGCGAACAGAAUAGAAUGUUUGACAUAAUUUCAUAAUUCAAUAAGAACAACUAACAGUAGCAGGAGCAGCAGCAGCAGCAGCAACAGCAACAGCAACAGCAACAGCAGCAGCAGCAGCCUCAUCGUGUGUCCUUCGGCGAACAGUUGUACGCGUGAAACGCCUGAAUCAGCGUAAAUAAAAAGACAACAUAAAGAGCAGCAACCAAGCAACCAACCAACCAGCAACCAGCAACACGAUGCCACAUGAAACCAAGAACAGAAAUAAAGGCAGAAAACCAUCUCUAUGUGUGUGUGUUGUGUGUCUUUGUUUGUCCAGCUUCUGAUUACCACCAUAUUCUGAUUAACCAACCAACCAACAAACAAACAAACAAACAGCCACCCAAGCACAAGUACAACAAGAACCACACCACCAGCUUCAAGAAAAAGAACUACACUGGCCUCCCAUCCGAACCGAAGGACAAUGCCACACAAGUCCAAGUUCAAUUUGAAAGUCCCCACCAAAACAACCCAAACCCCGAAACAAACCAACCGACCAAUCAGCCAACCAGCUGUGAACUAACACCGAAGAAUGAUGUGUGGCCACUGCAUUGGACGUCAGCGUCGCAUGGGACACCUGACCAGGAACUACACCAUUGGCAUGUGGCAGUAGGAGGCGGUAGCUGUAAUCCAUUGGACACUGGACACUGGAACACUCAGAUGCUACCCUACACAUACAUACACACAAUAUAUGCUAUCAUGCAAUAGUCUAAACAUAAUGUUCUCAUAAUUGUUGUCGUUUUUACGAGGGGUUGUGCCCUGUCGAUCCCCGUUCAAUGUUUGUUGCGUUCUUCAGAUUGAUUUCGGUUCGAGUUUGUUGGUGUUCGGUUCACAUGCCUAUGCAUAAUCAUUUCUUUGUUACGUUUGUUGGGCGAAUAUUGAUGUCACACAUAGAUACACACACACACACAAAUACACGGAGAGGGAAGAGAGAGAGCCUGGUGCCAGGAGUCGAGUGGAAUGCGGACUCUAAAGAAAUUCUUUCCUUAAGCAAUUGCUCUUGACGUUUACGCUGCAGCCUCAUACACGCCCUGUGCGCAGAUAAUUUUCUAUAUUUUAUUCUAUUUUAUUAUACAAUCUGUCCUCCUUUUAUACAGCACUACCACCCAUUUGCGGGGUAAUGCUUCACGAUUUUUAGUUUUAGUCGCACGAUUGAGGAGUAUCUUCAUGGAUGCAUGCAGUGCACACACACACAUAAACAUAAUACUUACAUAUAUACACUACUAUAUAUAUAUGAUACAUAUAUAGCCAUGGUCUCUGAAACAAUUACUGCUAUUGAAUUAUGAAAUUUGCUUAAACAUAAAUUUAACUUAUGGUUAAACACACAAAACAAAACAUACACUACAAUACAAAUGAAAUACAAACGAUUGUAUAACGUAA